AUGGGGAGGGUUUUUAUGGUGGAUCUUGUAGGGCAAAUCUACAGUUGCAAACACUGUAAGACCCAUCUUUCUACAGACCAAGACAUCAUGUCCAAGUCUUUUCAGUGCAAGUAUGGACAAGCAUAUCUCUUCAGUAAAGUUGUUAACAUUUCAAUUGGAGUGAAAGAUGACAAAAUGAUGAUAACUGGACUUUAUACCGUAACUGACAUUUUCUGUGUUGGUUGUGGAUUAAAAGUUGGCUGGAAAUACGAGACUGCCCAUGAUAACAGCCAGAAGUACAAGGAAGGAAAAUGUGUUCUUGAAUUGUAUAAGAUUUCGGGUCCUCGUGAUAGCAGCGACUUGGUUUGUCAAGAAGUUUCACAACUUCUGAUUUAA